GGAGAUUUGUUAAAUUAUCCUUUUAUUUGUUUGAACUACAGAUUUUCUUUUAAAAAACUGGGCUUGGCAAAAUCUUCAAUCCUCGACGAAUCACGCGAUCGACUGAUUCAUCUUCCUCCUCCUCCUCCUCCUCCUUGGCAUCAAUUCGCUCAAAGGGUGUUCUGUCAUAUUAGACGAAAGGAGGAAGAAAAUGGAGGAGUUUGUGGACCAUUACUUAGUUCUAGGGCUACCCUCUGGAGAAGAAGCUCAGAAUCUUAGCGAGAAGGAUAUUUCAAAAGCAUACAGGGUGAAAGCUCUGGACUUGCAUCCGGACAAACGCCCAGACGAUCCCGAUGCUCACGAGAAAUUCCAGAGGCUCAAGACAUCUUACGAGGUUCUCAAAGACGACAAAGCUAAGAAGCUGUUUGACGAUCUUCUUAGGAUCCAGCGCGAGAAACAGCACAAGAAAUCGCAGGUGGAUUCCAAGAGGCGCAAGAUGAUGUCUGAUCUGGAGGAAAGGGAGCGUUCCGGUUUUGCGCCUAGUCGUGCGUCGUCUAGACCUUAUGACGAAGAGGAGAGAAUCGCAAGGAAGCUUAAGGAGGAGGUGGAUAGGAUACGUGCGCAACAUGCAAAGAAGAGAGGCGGUUUUGAAACUCCUCCUGAGAGUGGUGGUGGUGGUGGAGAUGGAAAGAGAAGAGAAAAAGAUAGAAGUGGAGGUGGAGCUAGCGUUCAGCUAGAUAAAGAGAGAGUGUUGAAGGUUUCUUGGGAAACGAUUGGUGAAGGGUAUGGUGCGGGAAGGCUCAGAGAAGUGUUUUCAGAGUUUGGUGAGGUUGAAGAUGUUGUUAUCAGGAGUACCAAGAAGAAAGGCUCCUCCGCUCUCAUUGUAAUGGCUACUAAAGAUGGAGCUGUAGCAGCGACGAGAACAUUGUGUGGGGAUCUUUCUAACCCAUUGCUAGUUGUACCUCUUCAAAAAGCAGCACAAACCGAUUUUCCGACCGCUAAGAAAUCUGCAGAAGCAGAACCGCAGAGUAACAUAGUUGGUGCUGGUUACCAAGCUUAUGAAGACCAGGUCAUGGAAAGACUGAAAAAGGCGGCUAUGAACCAGAAAUGAUAGGAGUAUAAUGAAGCCUAGGCGUAAUGAAGCCACAUGAUGUCAAGAACUAAGCUUACUUCAAGACCAAAGUGGACGUCUCCAUUUUAAUAUCACAGACUCGUGGUCCUUGCAUGUUCUUUUUUUCUUGUAAUGAUAUAUAGAGUUCUUCAACAAGUAUUUGUGGACAUCCAUUGUCAUAUGACUCAUAUCAAUGAUUGUUAGAGAAACUAUGAUUCUACAAACUCUAUCCUGAAUAAAAGUCUUGCAAAUAUUUUCUUUGUGGA